CGCAUGCGCAGUACGCAUAAGUAAUCCAUCGUCCAUCAGUGAAAAGCGUUGUGUGUUGUACGGAGAGAAUUAUAGCGGGGAUGCGCGGUGAAAUAAGUGUAUUUGUUGCUUCGAAAAUGCGAAAAAUCGUGUAUCGCGAUACGAUGUAGUUACGGAUAUCGGAAUUUAGUGGAAAUUAUGCGGAAUUUCUAUCCGCGAACAUGGUCGAUCACUCAUAUCGAAUGAACGAAGAGGUUAAAACCGACUUUCCUUCCGGCUUCGCCGAGAAGGUGCACUACGACUGGGUGAAAUCGAAGAAUCCUGAGACGAUAAUAACGUCCAGGGAUACGAACAAUGUGUUAAUUUUUUCGAAUAAGAGUCUCUGCUGUCGUUCGACCAUUAACGAUGUAACGUACUGUUGGGACUUUCAGAUCGUGACGAACGGUAAACAGUUACAAAGAAUAGCACUAACCUUGGAUGAGAAUCGCAGCAAUUUUGUAUUGAAAUCUGUUAUAUGUGAUAAUAUUAAUAUUGGAAUUACAAAUGGCCAGGAAUGGUACAAUCCAGAGUUGAACAAUUCAAACGCAAACGAAAAUGCACUAAGUGGUGAAGAGCAUUAUGUAGUCAAAAUUUGCUUUAUUGCCCAUAAAUAUGGCACGUAUCGCCAGAAUGUCAUUUUUUACUUUGGGGAGUACCCAGUGAUAAUCCAAAAGAUUUGCAUGGAUUCGGUACCAACCGGAGACUUAACCAGGAUUGACGAAGCAACCAAUUAUCAAUUCUCACAGAAUCCAAUGAUGUGGAAUAAUGAAACGUACCAGAUUUGCUGGUUUAAUUCACCUUUUGUAUCAAUGAAAGACCCAAAGGAGGACACACUGUGCAUGACGUAUCCAUAUCCAAAUAGAAACAACUUUUUCUUGACUCAAGAAUCUCUCACGGACGAUUGUUUAACUCCAGAAAAUUAUAGAGGUCGUCUUCACGAGUUAAUCACGGUGGAAGAGCUAGCUCGACAUGAACAGAUAGCUAGAUAUAAUGAAACCUCCUACAUGCGUCUUCAUAGCUACUACAUUUUGUCUGCAGGUGAUGGAUCCACCAUUGCCAAAUAUGCACCACCGGGUGAACUCUUUGCUCAGCUGCCGCUAAGCCGCAGUAUCUCAGAAGAUACGAAAAGCGGCAGGCUGUUCCUGAGAGGUUGCAAUAAAGUACUCUUGAAGAGCUUAACACAACCGUCGAAUGUAAUAUACGAAGCGUACAUAGAGGAUAAGUGCACGCAAACAGUGUACAUUAGAUUGUCGAAAGAGUGUGUGUACGCGUUAAACUUGGUAGCCAAUAUGGAUGUACACGUGCAAGUUCAAUUCCUAUUGAACCGGUUGCCCUUCUGCGAGUGGCACAAGAGCGUGGAUAGUUUGCCUGACAUUGGCCUAGUAUUUCUAAACACAGUUUACAGAAAUAUGGAAGAAGAUAGUCCUCUAAAUUUGUUAAAAAGAAGCUCGAGCAAUAUGGGAUAUAGCUUGUUGAACGUAGAACAGGAACACGCAUUGGCGGUAAUAACAGCCUCUACUAAUAUCUCCAUGCCACCGAUCUUGCUACUAGGACCAUUUGGAACUGGGAAAACGUUUACCAUUGCUCAGGCACUACGAAUUUUGCUGAUAGGUAGCUCAGAAUAUAAAAUCCUGCUCUGCACACACAGCAACAGCGCGGCAGAUCUUUAUGUUAAAGAAUUUUUCGACACUUGGUAUAAAUGUGAUAAAAAUCCACGAUUGAAACCAGUAAGAAUCUAUUACAAAGGUAGAUCCAGGAACACGGUACAUCCAGUGGUUCAGCAGUACAGUUUGAUGAAAGAUAACGGUACCUUCCGCGAACCGACCGAAGAAGACCUUAGAGACUGUGGUUUGAUCGUGACCACUUUGGCCACGUCUAGCUGUCUAACAAGCUUAAAUAUAUCGUUCACGCAUAUAGUGAUCGACGAGGCUGCUCAAGCAUUAGAGUGCGAAGUCCUUAUACCUUUAGUCUUAGCUACCCCACACACUCGCUUAGUUCUGGCCGGCGAUCACAUGCAACUUGCGCCAGAAAUAUAUAGUGACCUGGCUAGCGAACGGGGUCUGGGUAUAAGUUUACUGGAAAGGAUCUAUGGAAUGUACCCAAAAACUCAUCCAUGCAGGAUUCAUCUGCAUCAGAAUUAUCGUGCUCAUGAGGACAUCAUUAAAUUUACUUCGGAGAUGUUCUACGACGGAAUUGUCAUGUCUCCACCCACAAUAAACAAGAUAGACAUAAUAGAGCACCCCACGUUAAAGCCUUUGACCUUUUAUGCUGUUCAAGGCGCCGAAGAGCAGGGCAUCCAUUCGACAGGCUACGCGAACAUGGACGAGGUAUACGAGCUGGUUAACCGCGUGCAGGAGCUGCGUAGCAAUUGGCCAACGGAUCGUUGGGGUAUCUAUGGUGAAAAGUCAAUCGGUGUGCUCGUCUAUUACGCGGAGCAGGUGCAGAGGAUUCGUACGGAACUGAGGGAACGCGGGAUGAUGGACGUGUCGGUGGAGAGGGUGUUAAACGUUCAGGGGAAGCAAUUCACCGCCGUGUUUAUUAGCACGGUGCGUACCAGGCGCUGCUGUCGAUACUCCGCGGAGAGGAAGGUGAAGGACUAUGGCUUCCUGACCAAUCCCAGACUUCUGAACACUGCUAUGACACGGGCUAAAUGUCUGGUAGCAGUGGUGGGCGAUCCUAUUGCUCUGUUCACCAUUGGUUCCUGCAGGAGGCUCUGGCAGAGAUACCUGGAGCUAGCUGAUUUACGCGGCAUCGACAGGGAAACUCUGAGGUAUCGUUUGAGUCAGAUACCCGAGCUUCCGCUGAUUACACCGCUGAACCCAUUAGCGAGGGAGUUUACACCCAGAAAUAACUUUUAUCUGGUGGAGUAUGUGCCGGUUCCAAUGUUGUAUCCGGUGUUUCAUUAUCCUUAUUACUCUGCGUAAAGUCGACGGGAAUACUAUGUUGAAGUUAAACGAUCCGGUUGUUGUUUUUAAAAGUGACUUCAAAUGUUUUAGAUCGGCUCUGCCUUCCCGGCACCCCGCUAUAAUCUUAGUCCAAUGAAAGAGAAAAAUUGACUCUGCGACACAUUGUAGAUUUAUAUAAGUGAUUUUUUUAGACGAUGAUGAUUUUAUUAUUCAUGAUAUAACAUUAUGACAAAGAAUAAGAUGUUGAGAAUUUGUGGAUCGGUGCAAUGUACCAAUAUUGGAUUAAAAAAGUUAAUUGAUUGAUUAGCUACGAUGUUUUGAAUGUACAUACAUACAUACAUAUAUAUAUUUUGGAAUUACUAAUCCUUAGAGUGUCUCUCUGUGAAUAGAUUUAAGAAAUUAACUAACUGUUACUAAUAGAUUCAAUUCUACUCUUAAUUUUACGAUGUGUCUUUGAUCUGCCUAUUAUAGAUUGUAUCGUUUCUUUAUCAUUUGAUCUUAUCUGUUUGUCAGAGAUGCAUCUAUGUGGAGACUGUACAACUUAUGUUAUGACACUACAAGUACUGAUAUAUUAUAGAAAUAUAUUUUUUAUUAGUUCCA